CUUGUACGUUGGUCGGUUGUCGUUGCUUGCAAGCCAGAUGUUCUGAAAAAGCUUCCUGUCGUCGCCGUUUACAGCUCUGCAAUAUUUCAAUAAUUUAAAAUGUGGACAAGGUUGAUUUAUUUGUUUUCGAGUAUUAGUGACAUAGUAAGAGUGUAGAUAUGUGUCUUAUAAUAGUGUUCUAAAAAGUAAACGGGCGACGGGCGUCUCCGUAUCAACGAGUUCACUCGAAACCAACAAAGCGGCGGACAUUUUAUUUUGAGUACUCGAUAAUGUAGCGUUUGCGUCGAAAAAAUUAAAUGUCGUUUUAUCGUACUGUAUUGGGAUAUCGUUCGCUUACACCUUUCCGAUGCCGAGGGGGGUGAAGCGAGGGCAGGCGGAGGGCGAAGCUGAGGUGGUGGUACGCGUCGGGGCGUCUCCGUCGCAGACCACUUUCUUGGAUGACAGCCCAAACCAGCCCAUCAGCUAUCACCUACUCGACCAUGGCUACGGCGCCACGCCACAGCAUCAGAUACGGCGGGAGGCGCCCACCGCACCGCCGAAGACCUCAGAAGCGGUGAAAAGAAGACUGAAUUUAAGUGAGAGCAGUUCCGGCAGUCAGGGUCAUGUAGUCCCUAUGAAGGCGGAUUUCAAGACGCCCAAGCAGAAACGUGUGAAGGUGCUCACACCGUACAGUCGGCCGUCCAGUUCCAUGAAAAAAUACUCGGAGAAAUCCAGGUUUGACACGUCACUAGGUCUAUUAACAAAAAAGUUCGUCGCGCUUCUAAAGUCGUCGCCGAACGGCGUUCUCGACCUGAACGUCGCGGCCGAACAUCUGUCGGUGCAAAAGCGGCGAAUAUACGACAUAACGAACGUGCUCGAGGGAAUAGGGAUAUUAGAAAAGAGAUCGAAGAACAACAUACAAUGGGGAUGUGGGUCGGGCGCGGAGGGCGUGGGCGAGCAGGGCCGCGCGCGGCGGCUGCGGCGCGAGGUGGCGGCGCUGGGCGCGCGAGAGCUGCGCGUGGCGCGGGCGCUGGGCGUGGCCGAGCGCGCGCUGGCGGGGCUGUCGGACCACCAGCGGGCCUACAUCACGUACGCAGACCUGCGCAGCAUCAGGGAGUUCCGGAACCAGACCGUCAUACCCAUCAAGGCGCCGCCCGACACGCAGCUCAGUGUUCCUCAUCCAGAUGACAAAGGCUACAUGAUCCACUUGAAGUCUAACUCCGGUGAGAUAGAAGUGUACCUUUGUCCCAAAGAACGAGCUCCAUCACCACCACCUUCGUCGUCGCUGCCGUCGGACCCGCUGCUGGAAGACAACAAGGCUUUGCUGGCGCCGCUUAUAGCACAGCUUCAGUCCAUGCCUUCCAGUUCUAUCACCGCGAGUUUCACGACUCCAGUCAAGCGCGAGCCGGGCGCCCCGCCGCCAGAGCCCCUGCGCGGCCUGCCGGUGCGGUCCCCGUGCGUCACGGACCCCACGCUGCCGCUCACCGCGCCCGCCGCGCCCGCCACGCCGCUGCACCACACGCCCGUUGAAACGGGCGCGCGCGGUCGACUCCGCAACGCAUUAAUAGCGGACAGCGACGACUUCGCGCCUAUAAUGGGUGGUGGCCGCUUCCAGCUGCAGACGGAGGACCAGGAGUCUGAACCGUUGGAGUUGGAGCCGUUCCUAGCUCUGGAGCCGCCCUUGUGCGCCACUGACUACGGCUACUGCCUCGACCAGGACGAAGGCCUCUCCGAACUUUUCGACUUUGAGUUCUGAACCAGCCAGUGAACGUGAACCGUGUUUGUGUGCGUCUUACCAACCAUGUAAUAUAUACUUAUAGAAGAGCUUUAUUUAAACAGAUGUACUAGGUAAUUUGUUAUCUUUAAAGUGAUAUACUUCACUUCUGGGAUUAAUUAAUUAAAUUUGCAGCCGAAAAUUAUGAACGAUGCGGGACUCGGACCUGCGAGUUCUCGCAUUUCGUCCGAGAGCGAUUUUCCACUGAGCCAACCGUUUAACCAAAUUGUUUAGAUUUCAAAGAGCGACUUCUCAAGUCAAUUUCCUUGUUGGCAGUUUAUCAACUAUAAAGUAGAUCCUGUAGGUGGAGCCACAACCUGAGAGUUUAAAAAGACAUACAAAGAUUUACGAACCAUACGUCACUCGAACGGUUGGCUCAGUGUAAGAGUGCUCUAACGGAACCCGAGAGGUCGCGGGUUCGAGUCCCGCAUCGCUUAUACAUUAUGGUUGCAAAUUUAAUUUACAUGUAAGUACUACUAGGUUUUUACUUUUGUACUGUCGUAUUGUCUACAAUGUAGGCUUGACAAAUGACUUACUUGUUCAAGUAGCUGUUUAUGUUUUAUAUCACUACAUCUUAUAGAAUCCGUAUAACAGCUUACUUGUUCAAGUAGCUGUUUAUGUUUUAUAUCACUACAUCUUAUAGAAUCCGUAUAACAGCUUAGCUGCUUUGUACUUGGUCCGAAGAAGGCAUAACAACAAUUAUGUAAUUAUAACAAAUUUAAAAUAAAAAGAUUGCCAAUGCAGAUACAACCAAUAGUGCUAUUUGUAUAAUUUAAUACUGUGAAAUCAAGAUGGUUUAUAGACUGUCCCACCUAAAAAUGCAAUUCGGAUAUUUGCUAUUCGAAUAGUUUUUAAUUAUUAGAUUUUUCGAAUAUUACGAAUCACGUUCGAAAGCGAAUUGUGAUAUGCGUAUAAACGUUUUUGCGAAAUAAUUUUAUAGCCACCACAUGUGUAUGAUGUGUGCGUGCCUCAGUCGUCAUAUAAAUUUGUCAUAUUAUAUAAACGUAAUACACUAGUUGCCUUAAAACAAGAGAAAUUGUAGUUAUUAUUACUACGGGGUACUCACUAUGUUAUAUGUUUUAUUUAUUUGAAGCCGAUUUUUCGAUCCAAUUGCAUGAAUGGUGGUCACGGUAGGACUGGAGGCGGCGAGAAACUCUUGAAAAAUUGACCCUUGAUAGUUAUUACAUUUAAUAGUACAUCAAUCUGUCCUCAUGGCGUCUAAUUCGUUUCGGUCUUUGAUUCGGUUAUUCACAGAUGCAUAUAUUCGAUAUUUUUUUUUGAGGCCACGGGAUUCCAUGCUUGCGCUAGUCUAACUACAACCUCCUUAUUCAGAAAAAGUGAAACUUCUUUUUUUUAAAUAUAAUUUAUUAUUAUUAUAUUUUCUACCAUUUACAACUUCACAAAAAUUGGGUACAUGAGGCUUAAGAAAAAAACAUGUUUCCGUAUGAAUUCAAAGCUAUUUUAUUAUUAUAGUCAUGCAUACAAUUAAGUCUUUUUAUUUUAUCACUUUCAAACUGUGUAAUAUAUUAUUAUUUUCGUCACUGUACUGAACUUUGAUAAAAACAACAUGGCGCAUACCAGAAAAUUGUGACGACGUUGAUAUAAAAUUUCUCUCAUACAUCGAUAAAGAAGUUUCACUAAAAUAGAAACAAUAAGUGGUGUUUUUAUUGAACUUUUGAUUAUUAUUAACCUAUGAUUUAGACAAGAUUAAGUUGAGGUUGUAUGCUGGUGCAUUAAUUUACUUGAUGUAAGUGUUUACUGACAUUUUACAUUAAAUAAAUAUAUAUUUUUACUAAGAAUGUGAAUAAUAACACUAUCAAAUUUAAGGUGGAACACAUUUAAAUGAGAGUGAGGAAUUAGCAAGCCACAGUACAUUCUAACCAACUCUGUAAAACAUUAGUUUGUACACAGUGUUGAACAAGUAAGCCAAUAUCAUAAUCAACGAAUAAAUAUUGUGAUUCAAAUGUGAAUAUAUUUGUGUGCGCUGAAUAUAAAUUGUGUGUAUGUACAUAGCUAGGAUCGAUUUUAUAUACCGACUGUAUGAUUGUUGUAGUUUGUACUCUAGAGUUGAGCUAUGUAUUUGUGACAAGCAUAUCGAAGCAAUAUGCUCAAUAGGCACGCAGUAUAUUCGUGUUUGAACGUCCGUCGAUCAGAGAUGGUAUUGUAAAUAGUCUCGCUCAAAUAACUGAGGUUUGCGGUCGAUUGUAUAUAAAGUUUUUUAUAAUGAACGGUGAUCACUUAGCGGCCUUUCUGAAGCUAGUACGAACCCCCUCCCCACUACAUCAAAUACACAUUGUUUUUACAAAUGAACCUGAAGAGAGUAGCUUCAACUAUUUUUAAUAGAAACAUUGACAGUUGAAGGAAUAUUGUAUCAGUAUGUGAGAUAGUGUAGACUGCCAAGAACGUGUAUUUAUUUGUAUAUACUUACAUCAUCUGUAUUCCUCUUAUUGGUUCACUUACACUCCCUUAAACUGGAUUUAAAGUAUCCGUUUGCGACACCUAUAGUACUGCUAUCUUAAGCUCAAGCAAUUAACGUUGUUUGUCAGAUAUUUUGGCACUUUAUAUGCUUGCUUGUUAAUAUGGACGGAGAGCGCUCGUCGCGAUUCAUAAUUUUGAUUUCAAUUCGUGUAAAGUACAACUUGUAUAAAAAAGGAAACCGUCUCAAUCGUAAUGUUAUCUAUUGUAGUAUAGGAGUGCCGUCGGCGAGCGCGCCCCGUCACACGUCAAUGUACAGCACAAAUGUUGAUGUAAGGAUUUAUAAAUAAUAAGUGCAUAUCAGAGUAACGUUAAUAUGUUUAGUAUUAGGGCACAUAUGUGUGUGAAUGGGAUUUCGCUCUUGGUACCUGCUUGGUUACUAAUUGUAUGCAUACAUCAACUGUUUAUUUUCACAAACAUCCUGUUAAAUAGAAUCAGGCUAUAUAAGCCCCGCGCAAUCAAAAAAUAACGCAACAUCUUCAUAAUUAACGUUAGUGUGACGUUAGCAGAAUACGUUACUUUGCAAACUUUGAUUUGUGUUUUUUAAUGUGUCUUGUCUUGGAUUUGACGUCACGAAGAUGGCGGCCUGCUUUAUUCUCUUCGCGCGGUUAUAUUAUUCUCAGUGUGAUUAUCAGCUCGAUAACUAUCUGCAUAAAAUAUUGCUUAUUGUUCAAUAUUAGUCUUGAAUCUUGAUAACAUCACAAAAAACCUCAAAAUUCUAUCACCAAAAUAUUCUAUGCUUAUCUGAAUAAAAAAUGAUUAAAUAUAAAAUAUUUUGCUAUGGUCUGAAGUGCUGUGUUUGUGAUAUGGGAAUAGAGGCCGCGCCAUUCUACUUGGGAAAUAUAAUGUAUAAAAAAUAUAUAAUGCUAUUUAGUUUAGUCAGCGGAUUCGCUGUUACUCGUUAUGUAUAUUACACAAAUCUAUGAAACAAUUGUUUCCGAACGUGAUUAAUGUUUUGGUCUAAUUUUUAAUGUUUCCCAAUAAUCUUUACUGAUUGUAUGUGUUCUAAUCAAAAUUAAUUUAACUAAUGAAUUUGAAGUAUGUUUCGAUGUGAUUAUUUUUUUUGUUAGGUUAUAAAUAAUUUCGUUGAUCUUAUUAUUUAUGAGAACGUGUCAUUUGAGUAGUAAAUGUUUAGUUUCGCCUAAUCAUUAUCAUUGUUGUAUUUGUGUGCUAUGGGUGGUGUUGCCAAAUUUGGGGAAUAUGUGCAAAAGUUGUGCACAAAAAGUGCAAACUCCUUAGAUCAUUCUGAAACUAGUUAAUUUUUUUGGCAACACCAACACGGCACGUUAUCGUGUGCGCGUAUGUUAAUGAAGAUAAUAUUUAGACUUGCGCAUUAUUUCGUUGAAGUUCAUUUUUUUGUUGAAAUUAAUAAUUGAUUAAUUUCAUAUGAUUUUAUGUGACGGAAUUUCAGGGGCCAAAAAACGCGAGAUAUAAGACGAAGUACAAAUUAAUCACGUUUAUUUUUAUUUUGCUACAAGACUUAACUUUCCUAAAUCGUUUAUCGU